CAUGACCUGAUACUUACAUGCACAGCUCACCUUCCUGAGGUAAUAUAUUUUUUCUCCCGAGUCUGUCUGUCUCUCUCGCGCUCUGUCUCUCUCACUCACACACACAAACAAACAAAGAAAAACCAUGAAGCUGGUUUUCCUGAUCAGUGUUUCUGUUCUCGUCUAUUUCACUGCCUUCACAGCAGCAGACGACGGCACCACUACCACACCCAGAGAGGCCAACUGCCAGAACUAUGUAACUGAUGUGUGUACACGUGAAUUUAUACCAGUGUGCGGUGAUGAUGGCACAGCCUACUCAAAUGAGUGUGUGCUGUGCAUGGAAAGCAGGAAGCAAAACAAGACUAUCAAGGUGGUGAAGGAUGGAGACUGCAAACCUGUUGAAUAAGUUGUUGUUGACUCUGCUCAAUUGUAACUUUAGUUGGACAACUUUUUCCCCAGUAGUAGCCUGAGACCUAUCAGGAAAUGUCUUGAGCUAGCAAUGAGCAACAAACACCCAAAGAUAAAACCAAUCCAAAAAAAGUUUCUUUUUCAUGAAUUUAGACUAUUUUUUUGAUGAAGAUUUUAAUCUUUGCCACUUUUUUUUUCUUCAUGAUUUAAUGCACGUUUAACACAGAUUGUAGCAAUAGUAUUAAAUAUUUACAUAAUGGUGCACAUAGUUGUCUGUUUUUAAUGUCAGUUCAUCAGUUUAUUUUUUAAUGUUGCAAAGCCAUAGAAUUAAAAAUGAACAAACAAAUAUCCUGAUUUCUAUGUUCUUUCCUGUGUGUUGUAUGUCCUCUAGUCCAAAGCGAGUUGUCAAUAGUUUUGAGUUUUUACCCUUUUAAACUUCAUUAAUGUGUUUGUAUAAUUAUUGUCAUUUGUUUAUAUAUAAAAGUUUUUAAGUAGUGAAAACAUGCUGUCUGAAAUUUUCACAUCAAUACCCAAACAAACAAAACUUUCCACAAUAAAGCACUGCUUGGUCAUGUGACUAGGAAGAAGCAUCAAUGAAAUGAAAUAAUAAAAUUGAGUCUUGCUCGA